AUGCCUGAUACUUACCAUAAGGAAUUUAUGUUGGAAAAUGGGGAUUUUGGCCGUGUGGCACAUGCUAGAGAGUUAUACCCAUUUCAUCAUUCAUUAUACUCCAAAGCUUUAUACUCUGAUCGUUAUGUGGUAAAACGAUUUAGUAAUUUUCAAAGUUUAAAACAUCAUAGAGGUUGUGUAAAUUCGGUUUUUUGGAAUGAGGCUGGCAACUUGAUCAUAUCUGGUUCAGACCCAGAGAAGUCUCUUAUUCAUUCAAUUUCAUCUGGUCACAAUGCAAAUAUUUUUUCUGCUCGCUUCAUGGCAAAAUCAAAUGAUAGACACAUAAUUUCAUGCUCUGCCGAUGGUGUUAUUAGAUACACUGAUCUUGAGCAUAUUGUAGAAAAUGAUGCUAAUUGGUCUCCUUUACCUGAAUUUAAUUGCCAUAGUUAUAUGGCAUUCGAAGUACUGCCAGAUCCAAAUGAUUCAAAUAUAUUUUUCUCAUGUUCCGCUGAUGGUCUAAUCAAUCAAUAUGAUCUACGAAUCAAAAAAUCGUGUCCAUGUAAUCAUUGUAAACAACACAUAUUUCUUGAUCUGAAUCCAACAAGUAAUCCUGACAAACAUUGUCUAAAUUCUAUUAAUAUUGACAAAAAAAACAAUAAUAACAGACGACGACCUGAAUUGGGAAAUCCUUACCCAGCUAGACAAAGAAGAAGAGGAAUAAUAAAAAGUCGCACAAAAGAUACGAGUAUAACCACUAUAUCCAUAAGACCUGAUAAUCCGGUAUAUAUGGCAGCUGCAUGUGAAGAUACUGUACGUAUUUAUGAUCGUAGAUAUGUAGUGAAAUCAUCAUAUCAUCGUGAAAGUCAAGUAUAUCAAUUCAUUCCAAAGUUAAUGCGUGAUAAUCCUGCCUCCACUCAAAGUAAAAUGACCAGUUUAAAGUUUGAUCCAUGUGGUGGUGGUGAUUUAUGUGCUAGUUAUAGCAAUAGUAAAAUUUAUUUGAUUAGGCCUAAUGCUGAUCAGAAAAAAAAAUCAUCUCAUAAAAGUUCUAAAAAAGAAAAACAAAAACAAAUUAAUGAUGAGAACAUUGAUAGGGGUACUGUUGAUCAUAAUUUGAUGAAUAAUGAUGAUAAUAACCCAAAUCACUCACACUUAUCACCAGUUAGCAUGGAAGGUGUUGCUUGUGGUAGUGGUAGCAGUGAUGGUAAUGUAAAUAAUAUUGAUAGAGAGGGUAAAGCAACAACGAAAUAUGACGAGAAUAAUAAUAAUAAAGUUGAUGGUGUUAAUAACCUAUGA